UUCCCAGUUCCUCGCUGCCUUGUCCUCCUCACCGCAGGGAAGAUGGCUGUUGUAAACGCAUCAAACAACGCUGAACCUGUAAAGCCAAAGCAUGGAAAAGUUAUUUUGUUGUUAGAGAAUUGUAUCUUACCUCAAGAGAAGUUGUCUUCAACGCCAUCAGGUUUGGAUGGUUUGGACAGUGAAACAGAGACAAACCUCAGGAUACUAGGAUGUGAGCUCAUUCAAACGUCCGGCAUACUUCUACGACUUCCCCAGGUUGCUAUGGCAACAGGACAGGUGCUUUUUCAAAGGUUUUACUUUUCCAAGUCAUUCGUGAGGCACAGCAUGGAGAUUGUGGCAAUGGCUUGCGUUACUUUGGCAUCUAAAAUUGAAGAGGCUCCGAGGCGCAUCCGUGAUGUGAUCAAUGUGUUUCACCACAUCAAGCAAGUUAGAGGCCGAAAGACAAUUCAACCGCUUAUCCUCGAUCAAAAUUACAUUAAUCUCAAGAACCAGGUUAUUAAAGCUGAAAGGAGAGUGCUGAAGGAGCUUGGAUUUUGCGUCCACGUGAAGCACCCUCACAAAAUCAUUGUGACUCUAUUGCAAGUUUUGGAAUGUGAGAAGAAUACAAAUCUGAUGCAGACAUCCUGGAACUACAUGAAUGACAGCUUAAGAACGGAUAUCUUUGUUCGUCAUAGUCCAGAGACGAUAGCUUGUACCUGUAUCUAUCUCAGUGCGCGGCUGCUUAAGAUACCACUGCCCAGUAGUCCAGCCUGGUUCUCUGUUUUUGGAGUGAGCGAGGAAGACAUUCUGGACAGCUGCAAGCACAUCCUCAGCAUCUACACUCGUAAACGACCUGACGCUGAUGCAUUGGAGAAAAAAGUGGAAGAGCUGAAGAAAGCUUACAUUGAAGCAAAGUUAAAGGCCAAGGGGAUCUCUGGGACCAACACACCGGUGCUAGGCAAUGGAACUAGUUUUUCGCCAAGCUCUAGGAAUAAUUCCCCGAGGCAGUCUCCACUCAAUGACGCUUCUAAGAAAAAAGAAGAUAUCAAAGCUGCAGCUGAGCGUAGCCCAAGGGUGGACCGAGCCACAUCUAACCACAUCCCCAGUGCAUUGGGAGGGAACAAGCACAAGGGAAGUCCUUCAUCGCCUCGCAAGAAGGAGCACCGACACGGACGUGGCUCUAGCUCUUCGAGCAAUGGUGGUGCGCUUAGUCCACUCGUCACCAAAGCUGGAGGGAAGACUCCUCCCAGGGGGUACAAGGAGCCCCAGCUCACUGCAACUUCACCGUCGAGGUCUAGGUCUCGAGAGCGUCGAAAGGAAACCUCUAGCGGAAAACGUCACAAUUCGCACAAGCGCAAGCGUAGCAGUUCUACCGGGCGCUCCAGGAGCCGCUCUCCCUCUCGCCGACAUUCCUCAAAGAAGAGCAGUUCUCACAAGGGACAAUCAGGGGGCCACAAGUCUCCCACCACUCACAAUCACCACCACCAUCACCAUCACUCAUCCAAAGCAAAGAAGGAGCGUUCCCGCGAAACGCAUCACAGAAGCGUGACCACGUCUCGUCGGUGAAGCAUACUUGCAUCUGGCCAAGGAAGGUAUCUUCACCACUGUAAAUAUGUACAAGAUCUGGCAGUCCUGUUACCAUCAUUUUUAUCUGUACAGAGAGAUUUGAACAAAGAGUUGAAUAUAAACUGCUUUUGAUACACUGA